CUUUGUGAAGAUUAUACUAAAUUUAUGGUAUUAAACAUCAUAAUGGCUACAAACUGCUUGACACAUUAAAGGCAUUCACUAAGUGUCCAUUGCUUGGUAACUCUUUAAAAACUGUAUUUUAAAUGGUGAUGUUUUGUUAACAUCAGAACGACAAAAAAAUACUACAAUGGCCAUCCAUUCCCUCACUCCACCCUUUCAUCUAUUCAACAAACACCUGGGAAUAGAGAGAUAAACAGCACAGGAUCUUACUCCCCUGAGAACUCUUAGCUGUCGUUUAGAAUGAGAGAGAAAUGGGUAAACAGGCCAAGACUUGGGCAGGAGGUGCUAGGAGAGAGGAAGGCACUAGGUGGCGUGAAGGAAAGCAAUUUGAAGCAUCUCCAUCCUGGACUUAAUGGGUGAGGGAAGCUUCCUGGGGAAGACUGCCUGGGGCUGAGCCCAGAAGGAUAAACAGGAAUUAGCCAGGGAAUGUGGAGUAGAAUGCAGUCCAAACACAAAAAAAUUCAAGUCAAUCCACAGAAGUGGGUCGUGGAAUUCCAGGCAGAGAGUGACUAAAUGAAGAUGGAAGGACAGGGAGGCGGUGGCCACAUCACAGAGAACCUCUUAUCCUAAGAACUCUGGACUUCAUCUUCAGAGGCAAGGUAGAGAGAGCGAGGACUUUAGAGCAGGAAAAGGACCAGGUCAGUCUAGCGGCCAUGGGGAAGGUGGGUGGGAGGGGCCGAGAUGGGAUGCAUGGAGGUGCGUGAGGUGGAGGCAGUGGUGAGCCAGGAAAUAUUUAGGACGUAGAAUCCUCAGGAAUUGGAGUGCGGCGAAUUAGUUAGAGGGGAGAAUUGAGGCUGAUGCUCAAGUUCCUGGCUUGGGCAAUGUGGGUAGUUAUGUCAUACAGGGAACUUGGAAGAAGAUAUGGUUUGGGGGAAGGGAAUGAGUUCACUCUGGCUAUGAGCAGACUUUGUUUGAGAUCCCGUGUCAGACGUACUUGAAAAUGUCCAAGAGUUAGCUGGAUAUGGGUACAGACAGCUUUCAAUUUAACUGAGGUCUGACUUAAGAUUUUUUUUUUACUUUAUGAUGGUGCAAAAGUGACACACAUUUGGUAGAAAACAUAAUUUGACCUUUGCUGUUUCCCCAGGACAGUGAUAUAAGGUUAGGAUACUCUCUUGCGAUGCUGGGCAGUGGCAGUGAGCUGCAGCUCCCAGUGGGUAAAUUAAGCAUGGAAAUCUGGAACACAGCAGCUUUUAAGGGAUGCACUUGGGAGAGAAGUUUGUAAAAAUACCUUGGGACGGAUUAAAUGUCUUGGCUUAGAGAAAGAACAACAGACAAUAGGAAACUGUCAUUGAGGAGAAGCCGGGAUUCAGGAGACGUACAUUAUUCAGGUAGCUGAGGGAGGGGACAGGAACCUGAAUCUUCAACAGAAGCAAACAAACUGGGAUGGAGGGCCCAGCCUCAUGAAGGUGACCAGAAGGACCCCGUGCUGCAGGCUGUGUGGGUAGCUGAGCAGAGCUAAGCGGCUUGACGGACCAACAUCUCUCCAGCUGGUUGAAGACAAGCUCUCAGAAGACAAUGCUGCAUGUCACAGCCCCAACAACCAACAACACCAGCCUGACAACUUGCUGGGGUGGCCGCCUUGUGGUCUGAGGUGGCCGUCUAAACUAUGUGGUCUGAUCUCAGGCUGCAGACCUUGCAGGACUGUCUUCACACAGACUGGAAGUGCUAACAGGUGGUGAGGACACCGCUUUACAACGAUGCAGGGGGCCCCAUGUCACCCUCACCCAUGGGAAGUUUGACUUGGUGGACUCAGCCAAGCCACAGAGGUCUAACGCUUCUCUGUGGUGAUUUCAGGCUGCCCUGGCAGAAAGCACAGUGCCUGCAGACAUGCUGUCACUGCUCCACGCGUCAACGCUGGCAGUCCUUGGGGCUCUGUGUGUAUAUGGUGCAGGUCACCUAGAGCAACCUCAAAUUUCCAGUACUAAAACGCUGUCAAAAACAGCCCGCCUGGAAUGUGUGGUGUCUGGAGUAACAAUUUCUGCAACAUCUGUAUAUUGGUAUCGAGAAAGACCUGGUGAAGUCAUACAGUUCCUGGUGUCCAUUUCAUAUGACGGCACUCUCAGAAAGGAAUCCAGCAUUCCAUCAGGCAAAUUUGAGGUGGAUAGGAUACCUGAAACGUCUACAUCCACUCUCACCAUUCACAAUGUAGAGAAACAGGACAUAGCUACCUACUACUGUGCCUUGUGGGAGGUGCACAAGUUGGGCAAAAAAAUCAAGGUAUUUGGUCCCGGAACAAAGCUUAUCAUUACAGAUAAACACCUUGAUGCAGAUGUUUCCCCCAAGCCCACUAUUUUUCUUCCUUCAAUUGCUGAAACAAAGCUCCAGAAGGCUGGAACAUACCUUUGUCUUCUUGAGAAAUUUUUCCCGGAUAUUAUUAAGAUACAUUGGCAAGAAAAGAAGAGCAACACGAUUCUGCGAUCCCAGGAGGGGAACACCAUGAAGACUAACGACACAUACAUGAAAUUUAGCUGGUUAACGGUGCCAGAAAAGUCACUGGACAAAGAACACAGAUGUAUUGUCAGACAUGAGAAUCAUAAAAACGGAGUUGAUCAAGAAAUUAUCUUUCCUCCAAUAAAGACAGAUGUCAUCACAAUGGAUCCCAAAGACAAUUGUUCAAAAGAUGCAAAUGAUACACUACUGCUGCAGCUCACAAACACCUCUGCAUAUUACAUGUACCUCCUUCUGCUCCUCAAGAGUGUGGUCUAUUUUGCCAUCAUCACCUGCUGUCUGCUUAGAAGAACGGCUUUCUGCUGCAAUGGAGAGAAAUCAUAACAGACAGUGGCACAAGGAGGUCAUCUUUUCCUCAUCGGUUAUUGUCCCUAGAAGUGUCUUCUGAGGAUCUAGUUGGGCUUUCUUUCUGGGUUUGGGCCAUUUCAGUUCUCAUGUGUGUACUAUUCUAUCAUUAUCGUAUAAUGGUUUUCAAACCAGUGGGCACACAGAGAACCUCACUCUGUAAUAACAAUGAGGAAUAGCCACGGCGAUCUCCAGCACCAAUCUGUCCAUGUUUUCCACAGCUCCUCCAGCCAACCCAAAUAGCGCCUGCUAUAGUGUAGACAGCCUGUGGCUUCUAGCUUUGUCCCUCUCUUAGUGUUCUUUAAUCAGAUAACUGCCUGGAAGCCUCUCAUUUUACACGCCCUGAAGCAGUCUUCUUUGCUAGUUGAAUUAUGUGGUGUGUUUUUCGUAAUAAGCAAAAUAAAUUUUAAAAAAAUGAAAA